CAUGAGAUGAAUAUUGCCUGCCUUCUCUUCAACGCAAUUUAGAACCUAAUCACACCAACACCGACUUUAUCGCCUACCAGCAGCAACCCGUAUUCGACCAUGGCUACAGAUGCAGAAAUUAUUACACUCCCAGCGCCAGCACACCCUCAAAACUAUGUGACUAUAUCUGCUCUCGAUGCCGGCUAUCUUACACUUCCGGAGAAGCUGUUUGUCACUGAUGCCGACCCUGAGAAACGAGCAACAGUCCCAUCCCUCUCUUUUCUCAUACAACAUACAUCGAAUCAAAACUCCUCCAACACCGAUAAAUUAGUCUUCGACCUCGGCCUCAAACGCGACUUCUCUGGCUACAGAGAAGCACAAGCCCAUCAUAUUUCACAGCGUCAGCCAACCGUUGUGAGUCCAGACGCCGCCGAUAGUGUCCGAAAAGGGGGUUUGGAUCCCAAGGACGUGGAUACGAUAAUACUAAGCCACGUACAUUGGGAUCACGUCGGUACACCGAGCGACUUCUCAAAUGCGGAGUUUGUAGUGGGAAGUGGGACGAUGCAUUUACUAGCUAAUGGCGGUGGGCCAUUGUACCCUGCCGAGCUCUUCAACCCCGACGAGCUACCUCUUGAGCGGACGCGUGAACUCGUACCUGUUCGUGAAGAAGACAAGGAGAAAGCUUUCACACGGCAAACUAGUCACACUUGGUCGUCCUUGGCGGGUUUCCCCGCUGCAGUGGAUUUCUACGGUGACGGCUCGGUAUAUAUCAUCGACGCGCCGGGUCAUCUUGUUGGGCAUGUCAAUCUCCUUGCUCGGAUAGACCCGAAUAAAUGGGUGUACCUUGGGGGCGAUUGUUGUCAUGAUCCACGGAUCUUAAGUGGAGAGAAGGGAAUCGCAAUGUAUGAUGAUGGCAAAGGUGGGCUGAGGAGUGUGCACGCCGAUACAGACCAAGCGGCUGGAACAGUGAAGAGGAUCGCGCGCUUACUCAAGGAGGGGAAUGUUAGGGAAGAAGGUGGUGCAGAGGUGGAGGUGGAGGUUGUCGUUGCACAUGACAGGGGUUGGGCGGAUAACAACAAGAGUAGAUUUUGGCCUGGACAUCUCUGAAUAAGGGCUUCCCUCAUACCCAUUACACAUUCAUACUAGCAAGAAGAUGCCUCAC